AUGGACCUCCUCCAGUUGAUAAAAUUCGAGUUCCCGCAGGAGCUGGAACGACUGAAGAAUGCCACGUUUCUCCGCAACCCGAAUGCAGCCCGUCCAGCUGGACCUUCGAUUUCAGAGCUAUUAUACGGACAAGAAUACGCCGAGAUCAAUCGCACGCUGGUUGGUGUUUUAGCUCUCCGCUGGAUACAUAACGACGACUACGAGACUUUUAUCGGAACACAGGGCCCGCCGCCCAUUGUGCUGAAACGCGAUUCUUUCAACUGGCUGCGUGAACUCUUCGAGAAGGGCCUCAGAUCCGCAGCAGACACCUAUACACUCAUAAUUUCGAUGAUUAUCAACGAUCUGGGUAAAGAUCCGACCUUUGCGACGGAUUAUGCCACGCGAUUUGGGAAUGAUAUCUCCAAAGUUAACCAUGACAUGAUCCUCUAUCGUGCGGUCAAAGCAAGAAUGGUCCCCGCGCUAGAUCGCCUGACAGAGCAAGACAAGGAUUAUCUCCUCUUGGGCAUCAAACUUGGUUCAGACUUCAAUUUCGGGCAACUUGCUCAAGCAGAAAACGCACCAGCCUCGCUUUCAGGGCUUCUGGAAAUGCGAGAUCAUGACCGAGCCUUCGAGAUGCGAUUCAUGGAACAGAUCCUCGACCUUGCGGGAGCCUCCGGACAUGAAGACUGGACUUGCGCCAAGAAAAUGAUUGAGCCAAUCUUCCAGUCAUAUAAUAACGUAUAUGACGUUGCGCACGGCAUCAUUCAGGCAAAGAUGGGCGUCAGAGAAGGCUACGAUAUCAUCCUGACGAGGAAGCUGGAGUUGCUCCACAAAGCCGGCUACUCGCGACAAUUUAAUGUUAAAGAACUAGCAGAUCGAGCUCUGAUGCGAUUGUUCUGUUUAGGCAACACGUCGAAUCCGGACAAUGCCGAUGUUUUCUAUAUUGCCUUUACGGAACGCAUCUCAGAUGAAAUCCGCGAGCGUUUGGUACAGGGCCUGAAUGUGGACGGAUCAAUAGGAGCACCGGCCGUCCAACCAACAUAUAUGCCAGCGAUGUUGACCAAGGCCGUGGGAAGCACUUUGAACGGCUCCCAAGAAGAGAAGAUCAAAGCCGUCACGGCAAUGCUGCGAUAUCUCGCGCGCUGUAUGGUUGUGGAGGCCUCGAGCUUGAAGAAACUGCCGCUGGGCGUGACGGUGGUGGAGAGGGAUGUGAGGAAGAUCGGUCCUGUGCUGGAUAGCGACGAGUUCAAGCGCAAUCCAGAUAUCCUGGACCGGGAAGAUAUUCCGGAGGACCAAAUCGCGAAUAUGGCUCGCGGAUAUUGA